AUGUCAGUGAUAGAUAACAUCUUGGACCCUGACACUUUCUCAGAAUAUUUUUUUUAUGAAAACCGCUUGAAAACUUUUACAAAAAAAGGAAAAUUUCAAUGGCCUCAUCGCAAUUUAGCAAAUUUAUCUCCAGUUAAGGUUGAACUUCUAAUUUCAUUUUUCGAAAAAACAACCGAUAGCAAAUGUGAUACAUUGUUUCAGAUGGCUCAAGCUGGCUUCUUCUUCGAUCCUGAUAAGGAUAACAUUGACAGUGUUACUUGUCCGUUUUGCUUGAAAGGCUUAGCUCGUUGGGAAGAAGGAGAUGAUCCUUUUGUCGAGCAUAAUAAAAGAAAAGAAGUCUGUUACUUUAUGCGAUUAAACAAAGAUGAAAAAGAUUGGACAGUCGAGGAUUUCCUUCAUCUUGUAGCUCAGCGAAGAGCAGCUGUGAUCGUUAGUUUGUCACACUUCUUUUUGAACCUUAUUUCUCGAAGACUUUUAAGUUUUUCUGAUUUUCAGAUAUCAUAUUUGGGGUGUGCUAAAAUCGAGAAUCCAAGUAAUGAAUCAGAAAUUCUAAAAAUAAUGCAGCUACUGAAUAAAGAGCGUUCUGAGAAGCCAAUAGAUGUUGUAUUAUUUAUCCCUGACUCAUCUUUUGGCAUUGUUCGUAUGUGUGAUGGAACAAGUAAAUUAGAAUUGGUGAGUUUCCCGGUUCAUCGGAUUAGAUUUUGUGCUCGCGGCCAGUUGGACUCAGCAGAACGUGAAUGUUUUGCGUUAUCUUUCACACAAAAAAAUGCAACAGCUGCUGAUGAUGCUUUACAUCAGUGUCAUGUUUUUCGAUGUCAAGUUCCGGAAGCAGCAGGAAAGGCACUUCUAAGCUUUGCUAAUGCUUUUCGAAGCAAAAGUGCUGCCAAAAAGAUUCCUUCUUUAAAACCACGCCGUACUUCUCAUACCAAUACUGUUGAUGAAGUGACAUCAAGUUUAGAAGAAGCGUUCAGUCCUCAUGGUGAGGAAGAUUUUCAGUUCGAUGCAUUUCUUGAAAUGAGGGAAGAAGAUUCGAAGAAAGGUCAUAUAAUAUGUCCCCAGGAAAAAAACUGUUUUAAACUGAGAAGAGAUCGAGAGAAGCGAGUAGUCGUUGUUUUGCAGCAGACUCGUGGUGAAAGGAUUUUAAUAGUAAAAAAGUGUUUUGGUCUUUUACUUGGCGCUGGUCGAAAUUUACGACACAGUGAUAUGCAUCUUCUUGAUAUGCAAUCGAUGGGACGGGGCAACGAUGCAAAAACAUACAUAGUUGAAGCUGUAUGGGAUCCACAUUUACAGAAUUUAGAAGUUUUGAAUACGGAAACACCUAGAGAAACAAGAGUUUUUAUGACAGUAGCAGUCGAUGUAAUACUGACGGGCAUUGAUGAACCUGUGCGUUUCAACAUAGAAUGUAAAGCGAGAAUUUUCCAUGAGCACGAACGAUUUUGGUACGUUUCCAGAAGGCCAGUGGUGGAAAAAUAUUUUCUUUCUACGAGGGUUCGUUAGCU